AUGGUUUGUGUUUACCGACCUGUCUUUUUCUUCAUAUUUGUCUUUGCGCACAAUGCGAUAGCAUCUGCAAUUCCUCAGUUUCAAUCUAAAGAAUGUGAUUUUACACAUUUUAUAAACAAACGUAUACAUGUCUGUAGCGAAAACGCCUCCUCCAUGCUUUCCCGAUCCGAGUUCAAUGCGUUAGCGAAUCGAUUCCGAUCUGGUAGCUAUGCGUGGAUGGUGAAGGAGAGGAUAAACGAUCUGAAGGGCCCUAUUACGUGGCUCGAGGGCCAUCAUCGGCUCAUGCACCAAGACGGAUCUGAGGUUUUAGUGCAUCUCUAUGUGGUCUACAACGAGAGCUACUCGUUUCCGCAGUUUUGCUUCUCAGCGGCCGCUUGGGAAAACCUUUCGCGGAUUCAUGUGUUUUUACCGCGAUUACUCUUUACAAACAUCACAACGCAAGGCGCAUCACAGGUUUUGGAGUCCCAGCGACCACUGGUGAGUUACCACUACGUGGAUGACCUUCAGACGAUGGUUUAUGCGGUUCAUCCCUGCGAUACCUCCGGGUUGAUGGCUUGCGGUAGGUUAGAUGGUCGACGAGGGGACGUUUUGUGCGUCUUUUUGCAAGUGAUGGCACCUUUUUUUUCACUGAACCCGUCGUUCGUCCCGGAUGACGUCGUCUUUUGA